AUGGCGAAAAGUUCUCUUGGAGAAAGCUUUCAGCCCAAUACCAUCUGGCAGUUCCGCAAUAUGAUCAAGUGUGUUGUUCCAAACAGCCACCCUGCCUUUGACUAUAGUGAUUAUGGAUGUUACUGUGGAUUUGGAGGGGCUGGAACUCCAGUCGAUGAAUUGGACAGAUGCUGCCAGGUCCAUGAUCACUGCUAUGGAGGAGCCAGCAAGUUUAAGGAAUGCCGGCCAAUCUAUGACAACCCCUACAGCAUGUCGUACAGAUACUCCUGUUCUGAUUACAUUUUGUGCUCUUCUGAUAACAGUCCCUGUGAAGCCUAUAUCUGUGAAUGUGAUCGGCAGGCAGCCAUAUGCUUUGCUGAAGCCCCAUACAAUGAAGAAUAUAAACAUCUGGACACAGAGGAGCACUGCGUCUAA